AUGGAGAUCGUCUCAAAACCCAUAAAGCUGCUUCCUUUAUUCAUCAUCAUCACCACUGUGUUCCUCUUCUAUCCUCGUCCCGCGACGUCGGCUGAUGAAGACGACAUAAGAUGCUUACGAGGAGUCAAAACCUCACUAACCGAUCCCCAAAACGCGCUCAAAUCAUGGAACUUCGCGAACACCACCGUCGGAUUCCUCUGUAAUUUCGUCGGCGUCUCUUGCUGGAACAAUCAGGAGAACAGGGUCAUCAAUCUGGAGCUCCGAGACAUGGGUUUGUCCGGCCGAAUCCCAGAAUCUCUCCAAUUCUGCGGGAGCUUACAGAAACUGGAUCUCUCCGGCAAUCGAUUAUCCGGUAACAUCCCUCCAGAGCUAUGCAAGUGGCUACCUUUCUUAGUCUCUCUCGAUCUGUCCAACAACGAAUUGAACGGCGAGAUUCCUCCUGAUUUAGCAAGCUGCAAGUACGCGAACGCUUUGAUUCUGUCCAAUAACCGGUUAUCUGGUCAAAUCCCGGUUCAGUUCUCGGCUUUGGGUAGAUUAGGGAAGUUCUCUGUCUCCAACAACGAUCUAACAGGUCGCAUUCCGUCUUUCUUCAGCUCGUCGAACUAUUCCUCUGAUGGUUUCAGUGGGAACAAAGGUCUCUGUGGACGUCCUCUGUCUUCAACCUGUGGAGGGUUAAGCAAGAAGAAUCUCGCGAUUAUCAUCGCAGCUGGUGUGUUUGGUGCUGCUGCGUCGAUGCUGUUGGCGUUUGGGGUUUGGUGGUAUUACCAUUUGAAGUGGUCAAGAAGAAAGAGAAACGCUUUAACAGGAGUUAGUGGUUUGGCGCAGAGGCUUCGUAGCUAUAAGCUGACUCAAGUUUCUCUCUUUCAGAAGCCUUUGGUUAAGGUUAAAUUUGGGGAUUUGAUGGCUGCGACUAACAAUUUCAGCUCUGAGAAUGUUAUUGUCUCCACUAGGACUGGGACAACGUAUAAGGCGCUUCUCCCCGAUGGCUCAGCGCUUGCGGUUAAGCAUUUGAGUACGUGUAAGCUUGGGGAGAGGGAGUUUCGGUAUGAGAUGAAUCAGCUUUGGGAGCUUCGUCAUCCGAACUUGGCACCACUUCUUGGAUUCUGCGGUGUGGAGGAAGAGAAGUUUCUUGUUUACAAGUACAUGUCUAACGGGACGCUGCACAGGCUGCUGGAGAGUAAUGCGGUUGAGUUGGAUUGGUCGACUCGGUUUAGGAUCGGUUUAGGUGCUGCGAGGGGUUUGGCUUGGCUUCACCAUGGAAACCGUCCACCGAUACUUCACCAAAACAUUUGUUCGAGUGUGAUUCUUGUGGAUGAGGAUUUCGAUGCGAGGAUUAUAGAUUCAGGGCUUGCAAGGCUUGUGGCUCCGUUGGAUGGCAAUGAGAGCAGUUUCAUGGCUGGUGAUUUGGGAGAGUUUGGUUAUGUAGCGCCAGAGUGUUCUACUACGAUGUUGGCUUCGGUUAAAGGUGAUGUGUAUGGACUCGGUGUUGUGCUCUUGGAGUUGGCUACAGGGGUUAAAGCUCUUGGAGGGGAUUGUUUUAAAGGGAACUUGGUUGAUUGGGUGAAACAGCUUGAAAGCUCAGGACGAAUCGCUGAUGCGUUAGAUGAAGACAUUCGAGGGAAAGGGCAUGACAAAGAAAUCUUGAAGUUUGUUGAGAUUGCUUGCAACUGUGUGGCUUCAAGGCCUAAAGAGAGAUGGUCAAUGUUUCAGGCGUAUCAGUCAUUGAGAGCUAUUGCCGAGAAACAGGGUCAUUCGUUCACAGAACAAGAUGAUGACUUCCCUUUGAUUUUCGACACUAAAGAGAAUCAGAUUCUGUGA